AUGGCCCAAGCGCACGAACACUUCAUCCGGUCCCUAUGCAACCUCCAAGUUCCAAAGACCGUUCAGCUCUCCCCGGACCGCUCAACAGUCCUUUACUCGACCGAACUCUCUUGGGGUCAUCGUAAAGGAAAGCACCCCGUUUCCACUGUCUGGCUGGCCUCAACUGGCCGUGCCGACUCUUCACGACAGCUGACCCGAGGCCUUUUUCGCGACUACGCGCCCGCAUGGAGUCCGGACGGAAAUGCGGUGGCCUUUAUAUCAGAUCGUGCUGAUGCCGGCUCCAAGUGGGCGAUAUAUCUCUUACCAUUACGUGAGGGCUGCGAGGCGUAUCCGAUAACGCCAGCGACGAGCGCAAGUCCGAUUGAAGCAUUCUCCUUCUCACCAGAUGGCAGCCGCGGUGCGUUCCUCUCAGCCGACGAGGAUAUCGACCUUCCCUCAGCAGGAGAGGGCCCUCCCGACGUGCGACCCUGGGGCGAGGCUUGGCGAUUUACACGCUUGAGGGUCGUAGACUUGCGUACCAAGGCAGUCCGCUGCGCCAAACUGGACAGGCACGUAACGAGCGUCUGUUGGAGCCCGGAUGGGACUCGACUUGGUUUCUCAAGCUGCCUAUCACCUGAUAUCGAGGAGCCUCACAUCACAGGGAUGACUGUUUCAACUAUUGACGUCGACCUUAGCUCCGUGGAAGACGUGUGCCACUUUCCUAAAAUGGUCGUUGACCUGUCAUGGGCUGCGGACGGGAGCUUAUAUUUUUGUGGAGGUGUGCCUCCCCCCAAGACGUUCGCUGGCUAUGGAGUUUAUCGUACCAGUCCUGCCACUGAAUCGCACCACUAUGAGUGGGUGGGAUUUGGGGUUGAAGAUGACUCCAUCGGCCUCGUCCAGCGUGGAAGUGGUACGAUUUUCGUCAAAGUACAACACCGGCUAGAGUCUCGAGUGUGCCUACUUGACGGCACAGUGCUAUACAGUAGAAAGGAGGAGCUCGAAGCAUUCGACUCCGCAAUUGAAACUGACGGCAAGUUUGUUCUAGCGGUUGCGACUUCAAACAUCAACCACCCUACGGAGGUCUUUACCACACUCUCGUACGGCAGUGGCGCGAUGACACGAAUGUCAAAUCACGGACGAGAGUUCGCAGGCCAUCGCUUCGGGACGUGUAGCUUUUUAACAUGCACAUCCGCGGACGGCGAAGUCGAGCUGGAUGCCCUCUAUUUGACUCCGGCCUCCUCGUCAGACGGUGCUAACCGUCACGCACUAGCAACCGUGGUGCUUAUCCACGGGGGACCCAACACGCGCCUCACCAACGCCUUCAACACGUACUACUAUAUGCUUACCCCGUAUUUGCUGUCGCUCGGUUACGGAAUUCUACUGCCGAAUUACCGCGGAAGUAGCGGGCGUGGGCGGCAUUUUGCGUCCUACUCCAUCGGCGGGCUUGGCGUGUACGACUACUCCGACGUGAUUGCGCUCACACAGUGUGCGAUAGACCAGGGCUAUGCAGAUAAAGAAAGACUUCUAGUGGGUGGUUGGAGCCAAGGCGGGUUUCUGACAAAUCUCUGCUGUGUGCGCAACGACCUGAAUCCCAGCGGCUGGCGAUUCCGCGCCGCCGUUUCCGGCGCCAGCAUCUGCGAUAUCGAUGCCAUGGCCUUAACUUCCGACCUCGGUUGUGCCUUCGAGCCCGAGCUGUCGCGCGAUGGCGUAGCAUGGAACAUGGACUAUGACGAUACACGCAAUCGCGCUCCAAGCGCCCUGUGGGCAUUCAAAGACGCCGCACGGCGGGCUUCUCUCAAGAACGCUCCUGUUGUGCCACCGAUGCUGAUUCUCCACGGCGAGGCGGACGCCCGGUGCCCUGUGUCGCAGGCUUGGGGACUGCGUCGCGCGCUACGCAGCUACGACUUGCCUUUUGAGCUGGUCACUUACCCAUCCCAGGGCCAUUUUUUUGAGGAGCAGAAGUAUUGGGUAGAUAUGGCGCUCCGGAUUGGUCGAUGGUGCCAGAAGUACAUUGGUGAUGCUUUGACAUAA